AUGGGAGGACAACAUAUUUAAUAGAAUUUAUCACGAUAGCCCACCUGCUGAGAGGGUUAAAUAUGGAGUGUUGAAUAUCGUUGGAGAUCCUCAAGGUGUGAGAUGCUGUUACUCUUAUGGAGACUCAUUCUUACAAUUAAAGAAAGUUCGUUUACGUACCACUUUUGCUUCAAUGGACACUUCUUCAUCAAGUGUGAAGCUAUCCUGCUGUGAGCAUUAUGGUAAUGUACUCAAUGAAUAUUCAGACAAUGAACUAAAAGCUAUUCUUGAUGUUGCCACUCAUCGUAAGCUUUACCUUCAAUCAACAAUGAUAACACACUAUAAGGAAGUGCAAGUCCAUGGGCCUGUCUCUCUCUCAGAGAACAUUGAUUGCAUUGUUGUUAAUGCUAGAUACAGAGGCAAUAAGACCAUAGAGAGCUUACUGGAUAAAUUCAUUGAGAAAAAUAACUGUAAUUUAAUAUGGAUGAGCUCCGAUGAGUCUUCUACAGUAGGACCAACUCAUUCUUUAGCUUCAACUGCUGUCCAUUAUGUUCCUCAUUCUGGAGACUAUUAUGAUGGGACUACUCGUGAUUAUGAGGAGGAGGAUGAGUAUGGAUCUGAUGAAUAUAAUAGUGACUAUGAAGACUAUUAUGAUGAUUAUGAUGACUAUUACGACUAUCAUUGAACUGGAGGCACACUUAUUGUGAAUAAAUAAUUUUAUUUUGCAUUUAGCACCUGUAACAAAGCAAGAAACAAAUUUUUUGACACUUGGUUAGCACCUCAAGGUGUAAAAUGACUGCAAACAGGAAGUCAUACGCCCACGCUCUAGCUCAAAGGUGUGGCUGAUUUUUCUAUAAAUAGCCAUAGCUCUCUGGCCAUAGCUGCAAGCAACCUAAGGUUCAUAAGAGACUUUAAAACUAACUUACUGUCGAACUCGAAGCAAAUUUAGCAGACAGUGAUUUUUCUGAUAUAAUAAAGUUUAUAGAGAAAGUAUUAUGAUCACAUCUCGUGCAACUAAGUCAUCUGAAACUUCCAAGUUUCAAAACAAAUGCAUGUUCAUCUGGCUAAUGGUACUUUCUGUUCUCUUGAUUGCAGUGCUGGCAGCACUCAUUGCUAUUGGAUUCAAA